CCCGGUUGAACCUUCCAAUGGACUGCACUGUCUUGAAGUUUAACCAUUGUGCAAGAAAAAUCUAUAGUUUUGACAAAAAUAGUUUCCAAACAGAAAACACAGGGCGAAAAUGCCCAAUCUGUCAGGAACAGAUGAGAUUCAGCCUCCUCGAGGCACCGGUCAUUGUUCCAUGUCCAUUUAGUAAUGGACACAAGGUCCGGUGCGCCUUCCUCAUUGGAUCCUCACUGGGACCUGCUUUUCUUAGUGAAUGGCAGGACUCGGAGCUGCAUGUUGGAGUUACUAACUCACAAGGUGUCGUGUACAGCUACACCUCCUCAGGAGUCCAGAGAGAGGAACAGGGCUGGGAGCAGUGCCUCUGUGUGCCGCUGGUGGCCCCCGGGACUGGCAGGGACAUCCUAGCUGGGACGCUGUGGGACAGUGAGCUGGAACAGUUCUCCCUCCUCUCCACCUGGUCACGACACAGGUUUGAAGAGGAGAGGGAGUUUGGCUCGUGUUGCUAUGGCUUUGCCCUGUCCUUCCUGAACCAGCUGAGGAGAGCAGAGGGCAGAGAGUCAGUCACUAGGGAUGACUUCACACAGCAACAUGUCCUUCCCCUCGUUAAGACUGCCUCCAAAUACAUCACAGUCUACCAAGAGAUCCAUCAACAUGGUUUCUACGUAGCUGAUUUAUAAGAUGCUUGUAUUUAGUGUAAUUUUCAGAGGGGUUGGGAUAAAGCUGAAUGACCUUCCGUUGGAUCUUGUAUACAAUUGGACAAUWAAGUAAACUUCAUUGAUA